CAUGGAAUUUUGAAGGAAAAAAAUCAUCGGGUCAAAGGUCGUUGAAAAUAUCGACUCCGCCAUCUUUGUUUUUUCGUUUCAGAUCGUGACGAAAGUUCGCAACUGAAGAUCAUCAUGGGACACCUCAAGUUUGGCGUGCUUGCCAAAUACAGGAAUGUCAUCACCUACUCCUUGUCCCCCUACGAGCAGAACCCCUUUGCCGGCUACUUCAAGAAAGGCAUCCCUAAUAUGUGGAGAAGGUUCAAGGGGCAGGUCUUCAGAGUUACCCCACCUUUCAUCAUGGCUUACCUGGUCUAUAGCUACGGAGUCACAGAAAACACGAGAAUAAAGAGGAAAGACACCUCUUUGUAUGCCAACGACGAAUAAAGUAACCGCCGAAGUGUGCGCAGAAUAUGGCCUGGCAGACCUUCAAGCUUGGAACAUGCAAUUUCAUCAACUAGGACAGUCAUGUGUUUAACGUACAAGAUUUAGGACCACUGUGAAUUCAGAAGCAUCGGUUGGAUCAAGACAGCGGAAGCCGAAGCGCCUGAGUACACAAGAAGAUUGUGAUCAAGUUUAAGUACGGACAGUCUUCAGUGUGAUCUGCAGUGCUACCUUCAGCGAAACAAGUUUUAUCUUCAGAAAAUUUCCUCAAGCAUGUCAAGAAUCACUUCAUUUGACGGAUGAAUAAAAAGUUAUAUUCAAGUUUUUCGGGUUUUGCUCAGUCUGUUUGUGUAUUAGGUGCUCCAAAGAGGGGUUAACAGUGUGAUUUAUUUUGAAAGUCAGAGAUUGGAAUGAAUAGAGUUUGUUUUUGUACAAUAUUUACAGUAAUACACUUGCACGCUUUUGGUUCCAUUUUAAGUUGUUGAUGUAAAUCCUUCCUUGCAUGAUGACUUUGGGUUAAAACAGAUUGCUGUAUCGAAGUGGAUUCUGUGUAAUAAAAAAAAUUAAAUGCUUGUUAAAAACUUUUGUUAUUAAAAACAAAGUUAAAUUUGAAAGAUA